UUAAACACUCAAAAACUUACCGCCCAACUAACCCUCAUCUUAUUAUCGAUCGUAGAUAAUUUUAAACGUAAAUAUUUCUGACGAAGACGAUACAAACAUUAAUCGCACAAUGUUGAAAAUGAACGUUUCUUUAACCUUCGAAGUAUUGCUUUACUUAAAUUCCUACUACUUUGGAUUAUUCGCCAUUUGUGAGAUAUGUAUGAUAUCCGUAAAGUAUUUUAGCUUUAUUGGUUUGGACCAUUAUUCUACCGAUUUUGGUGUAUUAAUAGGAGUAUGUUUCAUAGAAAUCUUAAGAGUAUUACUAGCUAGUAGAGGGAAUCUGACAGAGAGAAAAUGGCCAGUCAUUGUAGCUAUUUUAUUAACAAUUCCGUCAGUAUUGGGAGUAGUCUAUUUAAUGAUAUGGCAAAGUGAGAUAUUAAGAUUCGAAUAUGUUAUUUGUGGGAUGCAAUUAGGAUUUUGUGUAGCCGAAAUUGUAACUGGAAUCAUGUGUCUUUUUUCCUGCUGCCAAACGCCAGAAUAUUAUUAAAACAAUUUUAUAUGUAUAUUUUUAUUAAUAAAGAAAUAUUCAAAUAAUCUGUA